AUGUUUCGUCGGGUUUUUUUUGACCUCGCCCCGGGCGCGAGCGCCUCCGCGGCGAAGCUGCCGGCCGGGCGCCCCAUCCACAAGGGGUGGUUCCGCAAUAAUCUUAUCAUCCGCCGGAAGGGCUCGUACCGCUCGCGCUGGGGGACGGGCGCGGAGGGCUACGGCUCCGGCGUCCCUUUCAGUGACCAGGUCAAACUUCAUUGCGUGGACAAUACGUCCUGCAAACACGUCCGGCUUAUUUCGAAGGCUACGGCGGAGCGAUUCGCGCACUGCCGCGUCUUUCCCGCCGUGGCUCAUCGCGUUGCGUUGAAUCGGUUUAAAUCCGGCGAGUCCAACCGGAACCGAGUGCGGCCCGGGAAUAUCUACUGGGUUUGCCUUUUCACGCGGCGCCAGACAAAUACGCGGAUGAGCGGCCUGCAGACAAACUUCGACCGGAAUACCUGCAUCUUGAUGAACGAUCAGCGAGUGCCUCUGGGCUCGCGUGUGAUGUACGCCGCGGGGAGGCAUGUGAAUCAUAAAUUCCACCUCAAGGCAAUGGUGUUGGCAAACUUUUUCCUGUGA